AGGACCGGGACGCUGCAGCUGAGCGCCGCUGAUGCUCAGAUCAGUGUCCAGCGACACAGACGCAACCUCACUCCUGCUUUGCCCUUAUAUCACUUCAUCGCACCGGGAGAUGCUUUAACACGUACUAUCAUUCGCGUUUAACCAACAUCCAUGCGAUUCUUCAGGCUUACCUUCAAGUGCUUUGUCGACUGCUUUUGAGACCCUUUUAAUUACCAGCGACGCACGUCCGUUAUUAUCAUUUGGAGAUCAAUCUUGUCAACGUUCUGCAGAAGAUCCGUUUCACACAAACAAUCAGACAGCAGUCCCACGGUGAAGUGCUGCACAGCGGGAAUUAAAAAACAAUAAAAGGUGAAGAACCGUUAUUCGUAGAUUCUCGGGCGCGCGGCAUGUCUCCAGAAGAGCACUUCUCCAAUGAUGGUGGCACGUGUGAGGAUGAGUCUCAGGAGGAAGCAGAAGUCGUCCGUCCUUUGGUGUCAGAGACUGAAGGGUCCGGUGCGGAGGUUGCUGAGCCCAGAGUUUGUGUGGGUUUGAUGGAGAGCGGUGACCCCAACACAGAGCUGGGGCAUUCAGAACGAGAAACCUGGAGCAGGCAGAUGGACUUCAUCAUGUCCUGUGUUGGAUUUGCUGUUGGCCUUGGAAACGUCUGGAGAUUUCCUUACCUCUGUUAUAAGAAUGGAGGAGGCGUGUUUCUGAUCCCCUAUGUCCUGAUGGUGUUUGUUGGAGGUGUUCCCGUGUUCUUCCUGGAGAUUGCAUUGGGUCAGUUCAUGAAACAGGGUGGAGUCGCCACAUGGAACAUUGCACCUCUUUUUAAAGGGCUUGGAUUGGCAUCAAUGGUGAUCGUGUUCUUCUGCAACACCUACUACAUCAUGGUUCUGGUGUGGGGCUUGUAUUUUCUGGCUCACUCCUUCACCUCCCCUCUGCCGUGGGCCACAUGUGGGCAUGAGUGGAACACUGUCAACUGUACCACUAACUUCAGCCGCGUGUGUCUCAAUCAGUCGCUGUCCUCUUCCCCUCCCAACGUCUCCUCGCUCAACAACAGCUGUCUGGAGCACACGGGGCUGAGAUCAUCUGUUAUGGAGUUCUGGGAGCGUAAAGUCCUCCGUCUGUCUGGCGGUUUGGAUGAGGUGGGUGACAUCAGCGGUUACUUGGUCUUGUGUCUGCUUGCAACGUGGGUCAUCGUCUACUUCUGCAUCUGGAAGGGUGUUAAGUCCGCUGGAAAGGUUGUAUAUUUCACGGCGGUGUUCCCGUAUCUGGUCCUGGUGGUCUUGUUUGUUCAUGGGGUCUCACUGCCAGGAGCUCUUAACGGCAUUACUUACUACCUGAAACCAAACUGGAGCAAACUCUCAGAGGCACAGGUUUGGAUUGAUGCUGCCACACAGAUCUUCUUUUCUUAUGCUAUCGGUCUGGGGGCCCUGACGGCUCUUGGGAGCUACAACCGAUUCAACAACAACUGUUACCAGGAUGCAUUUAUUCUGGGUCUCAUAAACAGCGGCACAAGCUUUUUUGCAGGAUUUGUGGUUUUCUCAGUUUUGGGAUUCAUGGCGGCCGAACAAGGCGUUGACAUCAGUAAUGUGGCAGAAAGUGGUCCUGGUUUAGCGUUUAUUGCCUAUCCAAAAGCCGUGUCGCUGAUGCCUUUAGCGCCGCUGUGGGCGGUGCUGUUCUUUCUCAUGCUUCUGGUGUUGGGAUUGGACAGUCAGUUUGUUGGUGUUGAGGGCUUUAUUACUGGAAUAAUGGACAUGCUGCCCCCAAAAUCAUUCCUCGGCUCUCAGCGUCGUGAAGUUGUUGUCGCAAUAUGCUGCUUUACCUGUUUUACGAUUGACCUUUCCAUGGUAACACAGGGAGGGAUGUAUGUGUUCCAGCUGUUUGAUUAUUACUCUGCGAGUGGGAUAACUCUGCUCUGGCAGGCCUUCUGGGAGUGUGUGGUGGUGGCCUGGGUGUACGGCGCUGAUCGCUUCAUGGACGAUGUGGCCUGUAUGAUCGGCUAUCGUCCUCUGCCGUAUAUGAAGUGGUGCUGGUCUUAUGUCACUCCGGUAGUAUGCAUGGGUGUUUUCUUCUUUCAUGUGGUCAACUACAAGCGAUUAGUGUAUAAUGCGGUGUAUGUGUACCCGUGGUGGGGUGAGGUGCUGGGCUGGUUUCUCGCUCUCUCAUCCAUGCUUUGCAUUCCUCUCACCGUCCUCUACAAACUGCUGCACUGCAAAGGCUCUCUCAUCGAGCGUUGGCAGCAUCUGACGACACCUGUCUGGGGUCGACAUCACCUCGAGUUCCUUCCACCUGAGAAUGGAGCCAGACUUCUACCAAAGGCAGAAGAGAAUAAAAACACACUGUUAUAUGAAAGUGUCAUUUAAUAUCCUGGCCAGCACUAGCAAAUGAUCAGAUACAGAAAAACACUGCCCUGCAAACACACGCACACACACACAGUGGUGUUUGCUCUGUUAUGAGUAAGAGAAUCAUUCAAGUCAAGUCCAUACUGCACAGCAAAGCACCUAUAUGCCUUUAAACGGGUUAUAUGACAUUGCUAAAAAGAACAUUAUUUUGUGUAUUUGGUGGAAUGCAAUAUGUUUAUGUGGUUUUAAGUAAAAAAAACAACAAACAAACAAAAACACACAUUAUCUUCCAAAUACUAUACAUUAUUGAUUCUCCUCUAUGCCCUGCCUUUCUACAAUGCGUCGAUUUGUACAAAGCUCAUCGUUCUGAAAAGCGAGGUGUUCUCUGAUUGGCCAGCUAUCCAGUGCGUUGUUACUGGCUGAAUACCUAAAGUGUGUGACUGAAAUGUUAUGCCCCUCACCUCACUGUGAUGCCGUUUUCCAGCACGACCAGACAAAACCAAUAAAACCCAUUACGAACUAAGCAUUUGUUGCAGGAGUUAGCACAAAAUUACUGAUUAUAAUGACUUAUACUGUCUUUUUACGCACUGUGUUGCGUAUCCCGCUGCGUAAACAUAAAACCAUGUCUGCAUUUGUGAUCUGAGAAACAACAAACAACAAGCGCUACUCUGCACUCCUCAAAACUCAUCUGUGGUAAAUUCUUUAAAUAUGAAAACAUACUUACAGACUGUGAGUCAGAUGUGGGGGCAUGUUAGAACGAGCCUUUUUAGGGGGUGAAGUGACUCUUAACUUUUAUAAAGAAUAUCUCUUUGGGUUUGAGACUUAAGUCUUUGUAACUUUACAGAUCUUCUUUAUGCACCAAGAGCUUGUAACACUCCAAAGAGAAAGGACAAAUUGAAAUCGCAUCAUAUGACCCCUUUAACAUACACAGUGUCAUCCCACUUCAGCCACAGCAGAGCCUGUGCAUUUCAACUGUCAUGCAGUAAUAAUGCUGGUCUUCUCUCAGUGUAAUUAAAUUUCAGAAGAAGGCCUCAGGCGCACAAGAUAAUAAUGCGUGCUUGUGUUUGACCGUUAUGUGCCAGUGUGCUGAUGUUGUUCAGUAUUAUGUGUUUGUGUUUGUUACGUUGCACUGAGAUCUUACAGCAGUGUUUUGGAGCAGAGAGUUGGUUAAUUAAUAAUAAAAAAUAUAAAUUUAGUCUCAACUCAUGUUGUGUGCAUUUAUUUCGUUUGGUAAAACCGUUAUGCAAAUUAUCUAAUAAUUUGUAAAGAAUGUUCCAAGAAAGACUUUUUAGAUCCAAAAUGUUAAAUAUAUAAAACUGAGAUAUAUUAUUUUAAUAGUUCAGAUGUACAGCAUUUAUAUAAAAUAGAAAUAUUUGUAAAUAUUUUACAUAGGCCUAUCUUUA